GGGAAAGACCCUGCCGGGCGGUGGGAACUGGACCCGGCUGCAGCCCCUUCCUCCUCCCCCGACGUGUCGCUGAGACCUGGGAUGGGAACCGGAGGCCGAAGAGGCCGCAGUGGCUGCAGACGCGGUUAGCAAGCUGUUCAGCUGGGAGUUAGGGGAAGGAAGGAACUGCCUUUAUUGUGCCUGAGAGAAGAGAGAGCUCGGGGUAGGGUGGGGGGGAGGGGAGGAGAAAAGGGACCCCAGGAAUUCCAUGUGGGCCCCGGCUCCCGGGGGUUUCUAACUGCACGGGUCGGGAGCAUUGCGGGCGCGAUGGGACGCUGCUGAUUGUCCCCGCGUUCCAAACCUCCCGGGCGGGAAUCUCUUCGUUCCGGCUGCUUUAGGGAGGCAGUGGGGACUGGCCUCCUUCCCCGGGUCCAGCCAUGGCUCCCAUGGGCAUUCGCCUCUCUCCGCUUGGCGUGGCCGUCUUCUGCCUGCUAGGGCUGGGCGUGCUCUACCAUCUCUAUUCCGGUUUCUUAGCCGGCCGCUUUGCCCUCUUCGUCUUGGGGGGAGACCGAGGAGGCGGUCCCGACGCGCCGGGCUCUCAGGCCGAUGGGGGCACGGUGGACCUCCGCGAAUUACUGGCCGUAUCGGUUCUGGCCGCCGUCAGGGGAGGGGAGGAGGUGAAGAGGGUCCGCGAGAGCAAUGCCCUCAACGAGAAGGCCAAAGGGAAAACCCGGGAAGGAGCCGAGGAGAAGAUGACCAGCGGGGAUGUGUUGUCCAACCGCAAAAUGUUCUAUCUUCUGAAAACCGCCUUCCCCAACGUGCAGAUUAAUACCGAAGAACAUGUGGAUGCAGCUGAUCAGGAAGUUAUCUUGUGGGAUCAUAAUAUCCCUGAAGAUAUCUUGAGGGAAAUAACCAAACCCAAAGAGGUGCCAGCAGAAAGUGUUACUGUCUGGAUUGAUCCACUUGAUGCUACCCAAGAAUAUACAGAGGAUCUUCGGAAAUACGUUACUACAAUGGUGUGCGUAGCUGUCAAUGGUAAACCAGUACUAGGAGUAAUACAUAAGCCAUUCUCUGCAUACACAGCUUGGGCCAUGGUGGAUGGUGGUUCUAAUGUGAAAGCUCGUACUUCCUACAAUGAAAAGACCCCAAGGAUCAUUGUGUCUCGCUCCCAUUCAGGCACAGUUAAACAAGUGGCUCUUCAGACAUUUGGAAACCAGACCACAAUUAUACCCGCAGGUGGUGCAGGUUACAAAGUUUUAUCCCUUUUGGAUGUGCCUGAUGAGAACCAAGAAAAAGCUGAUAUCUAUAUCCACGUGACAUAUAUUAAAAAAUGGGAUAUUUGUGCUGGCAAUGCCCUCCUCAAAGCUCUUGGGGGCCAUAUGACUACCUUGAAUGGUGAAGAGAUAAGUUACACUGGCUCUGAUGGCAAUGAAGGAGGACUCCUAGCCAGCAUCAACAUGAACCAUCAGGCACUAGUCAAAAAACUCCCAGAACUUGAGAAGACAUCCCACAAAUGAGCAUAAGGUCUGCAAGGAUACACCUCUCCUUCCCAGAGCUGUGAAGAGUCCGCCUGAAGGGCCCUGGGCUAUCUGUGGAAGACUAUGCAUGAUCAAGGCCAUCCAGUCUUCUUGAGAUGAUAGAAAGCAACAGGGACUCUCCCCACCUCCUAUUCCCUCCCCUUGCAAGAUUGAGGAGAAUGUGUAGUUUUUUAUCUCAUUCACCAUCUUUAAUUUGGGGACUGUUUUCAUACAGCUGCCAUACUCAAGGUGCAUAUAUGUAGAUAGAUUGUGGGUUGAAAUCUAGAUUUGAACAGAUCAUAUUUGAGUGAUUUGUCACAACAGCAUCAUUAAACUUUUAGUACUUUUCACAAUCAGGCAGAACCAAGGAUUAAUUUUGAAAGCUCAUUUGGUAUUACUUUAUAAUAUACUUUGUUGAAAAUGAAUUCCCAUCAAGAAUUUCUCCCUAAUUCCAUUUGAAUGGAAAGCACAAGGAGCCAAACACCUAUCUAUAUGCAAGAAAUAAAUAACUAUUCAUCUGUGACAGAAGAACAUUUCUGACUGAUUAAAAAUAACAGAACACUUUGAGUUUGCUUUUUUCCAGAACUUUUAAAAGUUGGUCAUCCAGCUGGUAGAAAAUAAUGAAUUUUUGAUGAUUUGUAAAUCAUGGUAAUUGUUAUUUCUGUAUAUUUUAAAAGAAAAUUGUGUUUCUUUACAUAGCUUUAAUGUCUUGCCGUUGAUUUUCACCUUCUCUGUGAAAGAUGCAUGACUCAUUGGGUGCUCCCCCAACCCCUUUCCCAGUCCUAAUUAUUGAUUCUUCUACUUGUAAGUUUAAUUUUCAAGUUUCAGAAUUGGCCCUAAGGAUUUUACUAAACUGUUCCACAAUCUAUUUUUAAUGAAAAGAUUGUUGAGGGAAUUAGGUUCAGAAAAGGGGAUCAUAAAAUUUUAAAUGAAUUGUUGAUAGCUGAAAAUUGAUCUAAUAUCAGAAUUGGGCUAGCCUUUCUCAUCCACCCCCUAAAAAUAAUCAAAUUAACUAGUUUUUUAAAAAAAAAUUGUUUUAUCUUGUUUGCAUUUAAUUGAUUUGAACUUCAUCAUAAGGAGUUACUGCUGCUCUUACUGUCUCUGAGUAUUUUUCCCCAAACUACAAGUGGUUUGGGGGCAUCACAUAAAUAAAUACACUGCAGGGUAAAACACCGAGGCUUAGAAUUCAUUCUGAUGAGAGUUUUCUUCUGAGUACACUUCAGACUCUAGUUCAAACAGGAAGAAUGAAACAUUUGCCUCAUGUCCUGUUGUGUUUUGGCUAUAACCAGGGCCUAUCUCUGAGCUUUCAUCCAGAAGUCUGGUUUCUUUCUGGGUGAUUAUAUACCUGAACACUAAAAGGACACCAACCAGCGCCAUUCUUUUUUUUAUCCCUUUUGUAGUCCAUUGUCCUAUGGAACAAUGGCAAAGAAGGGAUUCUGUUGAGAGAAAGAGAGAGAUUCUGUUGGACUUAAAUCUUUUAAACUUAAUUCUUUAUGGUUUUUUUCUAGUAACGUGACUUAAUGUUUCUGAAUGAUGAAUUAUGGUAUUUAGCAUUACUGUGGACUAUACAGCUCUCUUGACUUCAUAAUCUGGUGAAGAAAGCUUGUUUCAUAUAAUACAGAUUAUGUUGAGGACAUCAUUUCUAAGUCUUUUCUUGAGGAAAAUGAGUAACAUUGCCACACAACCACUUGAAGUGUGCCCAAAGGCUGUUGAUAUUACCUCAGUGACCAGAGCCACUAUCAAUGUCCUACUCUGCCUAAAAAUGAUAUGCAUAAGAUGUGAUGAUUUGCGAGAAUUCUAUAGUGAGGAAAAAAGUCCAGACUCCCUAUAGGCAAGAUUAUAUUGUGUCAUCCAUCCACUUACUUUUACCUAGUCCUCAACUCUGAAAGUAUAGCUGACAAGAUGGUAAAUGGGAGUAUGUGGUCUUGAACAAAGAUACACCUUGGCUUAUCUUUAUGAAAUAGGUUAUUUCUGUACUCAUGACCAUUUAAUAUUUCUUUUGUUGAAUGAGGCAUAUUUUUUGGUUAUUCUAAUAGUUAAAAAUUUUUUUUUAUUUAUGCAGUUAGCUAGGAAUUCUGUAUACAAUGUUGAGAGUUUAAAAAUCCUUAGCCAUUUGGUUAGCACUUUGAUUAAAAAAGACUUCUUAUUGUCAUUAUAAAAAUGGCAGGAGAGGUAGAUCAUUGCUAACUCAACUUGCUCCUCUAGCAGUGUAUAUGGAAAAGACAUUUGUUUUAAUUCUAUAAAUCAGUUUUUAUUAAAGACCUGCUUUGUGCAAACCACUAUUUUGAGUGUUGAGAGGGAUGCAAAGAUAUGUGAGGGAAUGUCUUAACCAGCACAUUUUUAGCUGGCAUUCACCAAUAAGUAUAUACCAGCAAACAAUUGAUUUGUACCAGCAAAGUUGGUGAGUCACGUAUUGCCAAUUUGGACCUCUAUACUAAGACUAAAUAUUUUAGAAGGAGAAAUUCAGCUGACAGUCUAUUUUGAUUACAUAUGGCAUAUGACUUUAGGUUUGAAAAUUCCAAUUCAGCUUGGACAAGGUACCUCCCUUGACCUUAUUAUUAAAAAGUUUUAUUUUUCACACAUCUGCAUGAUCACUGAGUCCAUUCAGCAAUGAACAGACAUUAGUUGGUAGUCAUAUAUGAUUUCAUUGAUGUGAUAAUGAAUUGUGUAUUUGGUAUUUUGGGUUUUAGGUUGGCAUUGUGCUUUACCCCUAGUAUUGCAUAAUUAUGUCUUCAAAUGUUUUUCUUAUCUUCUAAGAUAAUUUAAAAUAAAUUAUUUUGAAAUGGUCAAA